UUACUCUGAUUUUACAUUCCAAAAAAUCAAUUCUUUAAUAGCUAAAGUUGUAGAAAAAGAAAAAAUUAUUGAUGCAACUAUUGCCUUGAAUAAUGGCAAAAAUAUUAUUAAAAAACUAAACAUGCCACCAAAA